AUGAUCGAUUCAGACGCUCGGAUUUUGAGAAACGCAACCGAUGAUGUCAGGCAAAUUGCUACGAACCUCGAGAAUGCUCUGGGAGGCGCUGCAGAAUUGCGUCUCAUGAUCUACGAGUUCCUAUGCCACGAGGACGAUGGUAUUCACAUACCAAAUCUUGACCACGAAUUCUUCCAUGAGCACGAUACAGGAGAUGUAGUGAAUUUGGUAUUCUUUGAAGAGGACUGUUGGCCUCCCCAACUCACUCUGGUCGAGAAAGAAGAGAUUGUGAAAGAACGGCUGGCAGCUCUGAGAGCUGUUUUCAUAUUUGACCCCAAGCUAUGCGGUUCUCAGAUGGCUCUGGAAAUCACCGAGACCUUCUUCAAGACGAACGUAUUCCACCUCCGCGAUGCACGACAUAUGAGCGAAUUCAUCAACACGCCUUUCCCGUGCGGAUCCAUUCCCAGAGAUUAUGUCCGGAACAUCGUCGUGUAUGUACGAUUCGAGGACUUCCUCGAAGAAGCUGGUUGGAACGUGCGUACAUAUGAUGAAGAGCCCCAGGUACCACCCCCGGAUUUCGUCUGGAGGGAACACGGUGUAUACAACAAGUUCCGCCGCGAUAUUGAUUUCAUUCGGCACAUUUCGUUUGCCAAAAGCCCAAAAGUCACUUUAGUCAUGGUCACACCAUUCAGUCGAUGGGACGCGAAAGAUCUUGAUGAGGAGCGUAUCACGCUUAAUUUUCUGGAGGUCAUCUUGCCGACCUACAGACAUCUGAAGAAUAGCGGAUCAGAGACGAAGGUCAUAUCUAAAGAGAUUGACUCACUGAAUGAAGAAUGUUGGUACCACCGCGAGGAAGAAGACGUCACUUGGCAAGCCGAGAUCGCAGCCAAAAUCUAUGCUCAGGCUCCAAUCGCCAACUAUGUCUAUCCCGGUAGUGAGGAAAAGACGCCGCAGCGCAUCCGCUUGGAAGAACAUGUGAAGGAAGCUGCUGCACAACGCGCAGGCUAG